CUCAAUGUCGCUGGGCCAGAAGCAACAAGAAAAGUGGGUCUAGUGGCCAUUGUUUUCAGCUUGCUGAUGUGCACAAUGGAAAAGCCGAUGCAUACAGAUAUCUAUAUUUGAAAUCUGGACAACAGCUGGAAGAGGCAAAGGUAAAGAAACAGCAAAGAGCCCGAAUGCGGAUUAGUUGCAAAACGUUGCUCGAGUCUCGGAGAUGGCACUGCAGCUGCAAAUUGAGAAGCUCAAAGGUUUGGACAACUACAAGGCCUGGUCGAUGACGGUGCGGGCGUAUCUGGAGUCGGAGGAACUCUGGACGGUGGUGGAGAAUGGUCCCGAGAACAACGAGGAGUCCCUGCUGAAGGACAAGCGAGCCAAGUUCUUGAUUCUCUGCCUGAUCGAGACCAAGCUGUGCCAAUUCAUGGUCAGCAUCCGCACAGCUCGGGAUCUGUGGAAUUACCUGCGCACCCAGCACUCGCUGCGUUAAAGUAGAAAUCAAUAUAUAUCAGUUUCAGUCCAUUGUAUUACAAUAAUAUAUGAAUUACACUUGGAAA